AUGGACCUCACGGCCUUCCCCAACCUCCAUUCCACCCACGCGCCUGGCCCUGCCGGCGCGGCGCCCGCAGAAGAAAUUCUGCCUGGCCUCCCGCAGCUGCCGGACGAGGCCGUCGUGCGCGCGUGGGCGGCGCUGCUGCAUGCCUACACGGGCGUGGAUGCGAUGCGCUUCCUGGUGGACGACGCUGUGGUCGAGGUGGGCGCCAUGAGCGGCACCAUCUCGAGACUCGCGCCGCCGCAGCCCGCCUCGCACCUCGCCAACGUCACUCGAGUCUACCUGGACGUGGUCUGUCACGCCACCCAAUUCUCCUCUGCGAAUCCCCCUCUGACGCUCUGGCAGACUCCUUCGGCCCACCCGGCCGCCCUCACUUUCCAAUACAGCCGUGACGCGGCCCGCGGACGCCUCGUCUGCUCGGCUUAUCUGCCCGCCCAGCAUCUCCGCCACAUGGCGCAGCAGCUGAGACGCUGCAUUGCCCAGGCACACGCUGCGAGCGAGAUCCUGCCGCCCCAGCCGGCCCUGGCCCUGUCGGUCCUCAACCCGCACCCGGAGGCGCUACGAGGCCCGCGGCUGCUUCAUGACCUCGUGCGAUGGGCCGACUACGCCGCGAGGCCUGCCAUCGACUUUCUCGGCCACGACGGGAAGCGCACCGAAUUGUCCUACUCUACCUUGGACCGAGUGACGACUUCGCUGGCCAGCAUAAUCCGCUCCUAUCUGGCUCCGUCGAGACCGCAUCCCGUGGUGCCCUUGCUUGUGCCACAAUCCCCGGAGCUCUACAUCGCCCAGCUUGCCAUUCUCAGGGCAGGAGGCGCCUUCUGUCCCCUGAACUUGGAUGCGCCCCCGGAGCGUGUCAAGUUCAUCAUCCAAGACGUUUCUGCAAGACUCGUCGUCACCACUCCUUCACUUCGCGAUAAGAUACCCCUGGGCGACAACGUUCAUGUUUUACUGUUAGAAGACGGCUGUUACAAUGCGGACUCGGCAGGCCCUGCGGAGCUCCCGAGCCCUAGCCCGGAAGACCUUGCCUACGUCAUGUACACUUCUGGGUCAACGGGCACUCCGAAAGGAGUCGGCGUUUCGCAUUUCGCUGCCACUCAGAGCCUAUUGGCUCACGACCGGCACAUUCCCUCGUUCUCGCGCUUUCUCCAGUUUGCCGCACCCACCUUCGACGUGUCGGUGUUCGAAAUAUUUUUCCCCCUGUUCAAGGGUUGCACGCUUGUCACGUGUGAUCGGACGGCUCUGCUCAAUGAUCUGCCGGCAGCCAUGAGGACGUUGGAGGUGGAUGCAGCCGAACUCACCCCCACCGUGGCGGGGACCCUGCUGCAGACGCGCAAUGCUGUCCCGAAACUGAAACUCCUCCUUACGAUCGGCGAAAUGCUGAGCACCCAGAUCGUGCACGAGUUUGGCGGCAGCGAAGUGCAGCCAAGCAUCCUGUGGGGCAUGUAUGGCCCCACGGAAGCCGCCAUACAUUGUACCCUCCAACCAAGCUUUAGCGCCCACUCUAAGGUGGGCAACAUCGGAAUCCCACUGGAUACUGUUUCAGCCCUCGUUGUCGCUCCCCCGCCCGAUGAUCAAUCUACGCCCGCCCCGAUGGAAAUACUUCCCAUUGGCCAGGUUGGAGAGCUUGCCGUCGGCGGUCACCAGCUUGCCGUCGGGUAUCUCAACCGGCCCGAGCAGACCGCUGCCGCCUUUGUCGAUCACCCGGAAUACGGGCGCUUGUACCGAACGGGUGAUAAGGCAAGGAUGUUGCCGGACGGUACCUUGGAGUGCUUGGGCCGUAUCUCUACCGGCCAGGUGAAACUAAGAGGCCAGCGUGUCGAGCUAGGAGAAGUGGAGCAAGCCUUGACAAACAUCAAAGGCUGUCGCAGCGUCACCGCCAGUGUCAUCUCGGGCAUCCUUGUCGCUUUUGUUCUGGCCCAAGGUUGCAGUCUCAAUGCUCAACAGGUCAUUGAGGAAUCCAAGCGCUGGCUUCCCGCAUUCAUGGUACCUGGAGACAUUGUCAUCUUGGAUGACCUUCCUCGGUUGCCUUCCGGCAAGGUUGACCGCAAAGGACUCGAGGCUGCCUAUAAGGACAGGCAAGGCGCUGAGCGUCCUGUACGGUCUGAAUACGCAGAUGAGACCGAAAGUCGCAUUUGCGCUAUACUCUCCAACGUUCUCCAAGAGACCGUGUAUCCGACAAGCAACCUUGCUUCGCUUGGCCUCGACUCCUUGAAGGCGAUUCGGGUAGCUUCAGCACUGCGCUUGUCGGAUUACUCACUCGGUGCCGUCGACAUACUCUCAGCACGCGACGCUGAGUCUCUCAGAUCACUUCUCAAGAAUCGCACCACUUCGUCCAUCCCGUCAAGCCCUUCGACUGAUACGUUCAAGGAUCUCAAGCAAGCCGUCUUGAAUCUAAAGGAGCUCCGCCACAAUGCAUCUGACAUCGAAGACGUUCUCGGAUGCACACCUUUGCAAGCAGCCAUGCUUGCUGAGACUUCAAUCAACCCACGCGCCUACUGUAACUGGGUUGAAUUGGAGAUUCAUCAGCAUUGCAGCGCCCUCCAGCUCAAGGGUUGGUUGACAGAGCUGGCAAGGAAAAACAACAUUCUACGGUCUGGCUUCUGUGCCCUGGCCGGCUCUGCGAACUCCUACGCGCAAAUCAUUUGGUCAGCGCUCUCCGACAAUCAAGUGGUUGAAGUUGAUGCAUUCGAGAAGGACUAUGAGCUCAACUCACCAGAGUCAUUUCUGAGGCCGCUCAAGUUCCAGAUCUUGACUUCUGCCAACCAGACCAGGGUUCUCUGCCAGAUUCCCCAUGCGCUGUAUGAUGGAUGGUCUAUGGAUCUGAUCGUGUCCGAUUUGAAUACCCUCAUCUCUGGUCGCGAAGCUCCGGAAAGGCCCCAGUUCCGUGAUGUAACCGUGCACUUUGCUACAACAUCAGCAGCCGAUCUCGAACCUUCAACAAGCUAUUGGAAGAACCAGCUGGAGGACUACGCAUACGCCUCACUUCCCAAUUUCAACGGCAAGAAGGUGUCCACGGACACGCUGGCCGUCACGAGCCGUGCUCUAUCCACGCCUCUCGAACGUCUCCGGCAACACGCCAGCAUCCUCAAAGUCAACACUCAGGUGUUCUUCCAGGCGGCUCUUGCAUUGCUCGCAGCUUUCUACUUCGACACUACCGACGUCACCUUUGGAACUGUGACUUCUGGUCGAACUAUUCCAGUCUCACAGAUUGAAGAGAUUGUUGGGCCAUGCAUCGCGACGCUUCCUCUCCGGCUCGAUAUUUCUCGUUCUCUCACCAUCAAAGACCUGCUCCUUCAUAUCCAUGAGCUUAAUCGAGCGAUGCUCAGCCACUGUGAGUUGCCGUUGCGCGAUGUAAAGAAAGCUUGUGGCUUGGCACCUGGAAGCCCGCUUUUCGACAUCCUCUUUGUUUGGCAAGAAACCUUGCACAGCAACGGAAACGACGGCAGCCUCGUCUCACAGGUCGAUGGUGCUGACCAACUCGAGUUCAAGCUAACCUUGGAGUUUGAGCCUCGCAAAACCGGUGUUGCCUCUAAAGCAACUUAUGAUCCUGCUGUUCUUCCAAAGAGCCAAGUCGACAUUAUAAUAUCCCAAAUCGAACAGCUUGUCGGUUUCUUCUUGGAAAACGUUGAUGUCGAGCUGGCCCAACCAAUCCAACAUAUGGACCACUCUGUACUGUCGAUGGAAAAUGCCGACUUCAAACAUGAAAACAUCUCUGCGGGACCAGGCCACGCCGUGGAAAUUGGGGCCGAGCAACAUCCAAAUGCACCUGCCGUCGCCUUCAGUAGUAACAUCAACGAGGCUGGCGUCCAGACGCAGACGCUCACUUACGGAGAACUCAACUCAAGAGCAAACCAACUUGCCAAUCUUCUCCUCUCUCACAACACCAGGCCUGACGAUCUUGUUUGCAUAUGCAUGGAAAAGUCGAUUGAUCUGUACGUCUCAAUCCUUGCGGUCUUGAAGACUGGGGCAGGAUACGUCCCCAUCGCUCCGGAGACACCAUUGGAGCGAAUCCGGUUCACCGUCGACGAGGCUAAGAUACGCACCUGCCUGACGAGGAGCGAUUGUCCUGCUGAUAUCCGUUCACUGGGCGAUCGGAAUGUUCUCGACGUAGACCGAGUCAGCCUCGACGAUUUCAGUGUCGAGAAUCCGAACGUGCCUUACGACGGAUCGCGCGUGGCGUAUGGAGUGUUCACAUCGGGGAGUACAGGCACCCCCAAGGGAGUUCUUGUCACACAAGACAAUCUUGUGAGCAACCUGAAGGUUCUUUCCCAGAUCUACCCGUGCCCUGAAGGUUCUCGACUCCUCCAAUCUUGCUCCCAGGCGUUCGAUGUGUCUGUCUUCGAGAUAUUCUUUUCUUGGUAUGCAGGCAUGUGCCUUUGCUCUGGGACCAAGGACGACCUCUUUCAAGACAUGGAGCUUGCAAUACGUCAAAUGGGCAUCACUCAUCUUAGCUUCACGCCAACGGUGGCAGCCUUAGUCCACCCAGACAACGUCCCGAACGUGAAGUUCCUUGUAACGGCAGGCGAGGCCGUCACUGAACACGUGAAAAGGGCUUGGGCCGGCAAGGGCCUCUAUCAAGGCUAUGGUCCGUCUGAAACAACAAACAUCUGCACUGUCAGGCCCAACGUUACCGAAGACGACUUGAUCAACAACAUCGGUGCGCCUUUCACUAAUACUUCUGCCUUUGUCAUGGAUGAGGUGGAAGACGUACUCAUCCCCAGAGGUGGCGUUGGUGAGCUGUGCUUUGGUGGAGACCAGGUCUUCCGCGAAUAUCUCAAUAUGCCGGAACUUACUGCGAAGAAGAUCAUUGACCAUCCUACGUGGGGUCGGAUCUACAGGUCCGGAGACAUGGGCCGUCUCUGCCCAGAUGGAUCAAUCCUAUUCUCUGGUCGGUCCGACGAUCAAGUCAAGCUACGCGGUCAGCGGAUCGAGCUUGGAGAGAUCAACAGCUGUAUCCUCGAUUCCACAUCGGUCACGGACUGCGUCACUCUCCUGAUGGGUGUUCAGAAUAAGACUGCUCAGCAGCUAGUCUCUUUCUGGGUACCUAGAGGGUCUUCUUCGCCAGACAUCCAAGUGGUGACCGUGGAUCAAGACACUCAGGGAACAGUGGCCGAUGUUUUCGGUAACUUGGAGAACAAGCUCCCUCUGUACAUGUUGCCAAACGCCCUGGUUCCUGUUACAGCCAUCCCGAUGACUGCUCAAGGCAAGACGGACAAGCGCAAGCUUACAGCUUUGUACGAGCAGCUGACGUCUGAUUACAUUGAUUCGGUCUCACGCAAGUCCGAGGGGCUUGAAGAAUCCGGCGAGUGGUCCGAGAUCGAGCUUGCGACUGCCAGCACCCUUGCCAACGUCCUCAAGAUGCCGGUGGAUGAGAUCAGGAGACAAGCAUCAUUCUUCGCCUAUGGGUUAGAUUCGAUCUCUGCUAUUUCGCUAUCCAAUGGACUCAGGGAAGCCGGGUUUUCAAGAAUCCCGGUGUCGGCCAUCUUGCAGAAUGCAACUGUUCUGCGCUUGGCCAGGUUUAUUUCUGAGAAGACAUUGAACUCGGAUGAUGGUCCUGGAGCGAUCGACCCGACCACUGUUUUCAGUGAAUCUACGAGGGAUCAGAUCCUGAGUACGUUCAACAACAAGAAGAUCAGCGUUCGCAAGGUCCUGCCAUGUAGUCCUCUGCAGGAAGCCAUGCUUUCGGCGGGAGGGUCUUCUGAGACCGCUACAUAUCUCAACAAGAUGGUUUUCAAAGUCCACGGAAACCACACUCGUCUGCGGGAAUGCUGGACUGCAAUGUGCAAGAGGCACGAAAUUCUCAGAACCUGCUUCGUCGCUACGGAUGACCCUCGAUACGCCUUUGCACAGGUCGUUCUCGCCGAAAGCAUUCCUCAGUGGGACGAGAUCGAUGCGAAUGAGGUCGAUGGAUACGUCGAAUCAGUCGCUGCAUCCAUGGCCGAGUCCGAUCAGCCUCCACUUCGGUUCGCAACAAUGAAGGCAGGCGACUCCACCCACCUGCUCUUCUGCUGUCACCACGCCUUGUAUGAUGGCGCAGCCAUGGGUCAGUUGAUGACAGAAGUGGAGCAAAUGUACUGUGGCAACGACCUGCCACCAGUUGUAACUUUCGAACCAUUUCUGGCAGAGAUGGUCCAAAUACGGUCCAAGGAGACGGACUCGUUCUGGGCUGGUCGCCUUCGGAGCCUUGAGCCAACCUCGUUUCCCGAUCUUACCGGCCUGUCCACUGCUGCCCGCAAGACUAAGACCGAGCGAUGUGUCUUUGCGGAGGACCUGCCCUUCUCACUCAGCGCCUUGGAAUCCGAUUGCCGCAAACUGUCUUGCACACUGCUGGCCUUAGGCCAAGCGGCGUGGGCAAAGAUCCUGUCUCUUUACACCGGCGAGAGCGACAUUUGCUUUGGCAAUGUUGUCAGUGGGCGGACACUCCCCAUAGACGGUCUUGAUAGACUUGUUGCGCCAUGUUUCAACACUCUGCCGGUCAGAGUGGAUCUUUCUGCGAACAGCAAGAACAACGACUUGCUUGAAUAUCUUUCCACCUUCAACGCGGAUUCUUUGCCUUACCAGCUGACGCCUCUUCGACGCAUCCAAGCAAUGCUGAGCAACGAUGGCACCCGUCUUUUUGAUACCCUUUUCAUCCUUCAGCAAACUGCUUACUGCCUCAAUGAGAACAUUUGGUCUUUAGAAGAAGACUCUGGAGAGAUGGAUUUUCCCCUUGUUUGCGAGCUUGUCCCCAAUCGCCACAAUGAUACCCUCGCGUUGGUUCUGCAUUUCCAUGAAGCGUUCAUCGCGAAGAAUGAUAUUCGUGUGAUUAGCGAUACAUUCGCUGCGGCGUUGAGCUCAUGCACUCAACAACCCUCCGCACUCUACUCUGAUAUUCUUGGUCUCUCUGAAGAGCUUCUUUCUGCAAGUAACCUCGACUUCAAGACCCUCGAGCCCUGCGUCGAACCGUUGCUCCACUCAGCAUUCGAACGGAAUGCCGAGGCAAUGCCCCAUGCGGUGGCAUUGGAUUUCCAACAUGCGGAUGGCAGCCGUGGCCGAUGGACGUUCAAUGAACUGAACCAGAUCUCGAACCAAAUCGCCCACGUUCUCGUACAACAAGGCGUAGGUUUCGACGACGCUGUCCCUAUUUGCAUUCCGAAGUCGCCACACUACUAUGCUAGUGUCCUCGCAGUGCUCAAGGCCGGCGCAGCAUUCACUCCAAUCGAUGUCAACCUUCCUGUGUCUCGAAAGCAGUUCAUGCUCCAAGAGCUCGGUGCAAAGGUGGUACUUUCGAACGCGGUGGUAGACACGACUUGGUGCAGAGAGGCCAAGAUCUUGUUUGUGGAGACCAUCGGCUCAUCUGCCACGCACAACCCCAACGUCACCGGCCUGAAGCCAGACCAUCUCGCCUACAGGCUGUACACCUCGGGCUCAACUGGGACACCGAAGGCGGUAAGCGUUGAGCACCGCAAUCCUGUCCAGACGGUGGAGGCAUCCCGCACGAUUAUUCCGUGGAACCCCGAUUCCCGCCUCCUCCAGUUCGCUGCCACUACGUUCGACAUGUGCUACUACGACUGCUUCCUUGCCUGGACCUUCGGAUUUACUCUCUGUGCGGCUGAGCAGCCAAUGAUGCUCAAUGACACACCCGGAAUCAUCGAUUCUAUGCAGAUAACUUUGGCUGACCUAACCCCCUCGGUCGCUCUGAGCCUGCCGCAGGAUUCUGUUCCGACACUGCAAUACCUGUACUGCAUUGGAGAGGCGAUGCCCCAGGAACUCGUCGAUCGAUGGGCUGGAAAGCUCGUGAAUUCCUACGGCCCUACCGAAGCUGCCUUCUGUGUCACCAUUUUCCCAGUUUCGAAGGACAUCAAAUCAGCUGUCAUCGGCAAGCCAUUCCCUACCACGAGUUUCAUCGUACAGUCUCCAGACGGUCUCUCCACUCUGCCCAUCUUCGGCGUUGGCGAGCUGUACAUUGGUGGCUCUCAGGUUGCCCGCGAAUAUCACGCCAAUCAGGAAAUGACUCAAGCUCGAUUUGUUUCCCGCCACGGCCAACGUUUCUACAAAUCAGGCGAUGUUGUUCGGAUGCUAGCAAACGGCACAUUUGAGUUUGUUGGGCGCGCAGAUGAUCAAGUCAAAAUUCGCGGUCUGCGCGUCGAGCUUGGUGAGAUUAGCGCCGUUCUGCGAGACUCUCACGAUGCCGUUGCCAGUGUCUCUACGCAGGUGCUCAAGGCAUCGGAGUCUUCAAAAGAGCAGAUCGUGGCUUUCUUGGCAGUGGGGACAGACAGGGACAGUCUCGACGCCACAGAAAUCAAGGAUCGAGCCAAGAAAGCCACGGCUGACAAGCUGCCGUCCUACAUGAUACCCAACUUCCUUAUCCUGGUCGAUCGCAUCCCACUAUCUGCUGCAGGCAAGGUAGACAAGCGGGCGCUCAAGUCCAUUUUCCAGGACUCUGAAGAGGCAAGACAGGACACUUCUGAUGUCCAGGACGAGCGCGACUGGACCACCACCGAGCUGGAAAUCAGGGAGGCACUUGCAGGCCUGUCCAAGGUUGCACCUGAGAGCAUCGGCUUGCAGACAACCAUUUACCAGCUCGGUCUCGACAGUAUCAGCGCUGUGCAAGUCGCGGCCCGGCUAAGGAAGCAGGGCUACAAGGUCACGGCAUCAGACGUUCUUGAUCGUCCCACCUGCGCGGACCUCGCUUUGCUCCUACAAAGCGGAGAACCUUACAUGCCAGAAAAGCAGAUGUUUGACUUCAAGGGCUUUGAAGAGCAGCAUAGGCUGGCUAUCUGUCGAGAAUUAAAGGUCGGCGUCAACGAUGUUGCUUCCGUCCAUCCCUGUACCCCGUUACAGGCCGGCAUGAUAUCGCAAUUCCUCCACUCCGACGGUCAAAUGUACCUCAACUACAUGCAUUACCAGUUUGAAGGCAUCAGCUCGGAUGUUUUGGAGCAGGCGCUGCGCUUGCUUUACGAGAAGUACGACAUUCUCCGCUCUGGGUUUGUGCACGUCAACAGUACUCAAUCACCGUUUGCUUUGGUCACGUACGCACAUGAUGCUUCAUUCGCGCCAGUUUCUAAGCUGGAAGCGUCCGAAUCGGCUGCUGCAUCGAAGAUCUUGGAAUGGCGGGAGGAUUCCCGUCAGGAAAUCUUGCAUGGCCUCCACAAGAACGCUUUCCGCGCGCUCCUGGUCGAUAACACGAGCGGUGCCUCUCUGCAUUUCUCCAUAUUGCACUCCCUGUAUGACGCCCAGAGCUUGCGCAUUCUUCUGGACGAUGUCACGGCAUUUUGCCGCGAUGGAAGGGUCCCUGCACCUAAGCCAUUCGAGUCUGUUCUGGGCUCCAUACUCCUGUCAAGUGGCGAUGACGACGUUGAACAGAAGAGUUUCUGGGAAGAGAGAAGCAAAGAUGUUUUUGUCAACGCCUUUCCCAGCAUGACGCCGCUUCGUGUCAAGGAAGGCCGGACGCUUGUCUCAUCCAAGACCUGCUCUCAAAGUCAAAGUGAGCUCGAGGCAGGCUGCCGCAAAACUGGAAUCACUAUGCAAGCUGCCGGCCAGGCUGCUUGGGCUCGUAUACUGUCGGGCUACAUUGGAGAGGAUGCUGCGACUUUCGGAAUCGUCUUGUCCGGUCGUAAUGACGAGAAUGCGGAGUCAGUCGCUUUCCCAUGUAUCACGACCGUCCCGCUGCCGGCUCGCAAUGACCCGCACAACCGCGUUCUCCUCGAGAGCAUGAUGGCCUUCAACACCGCUGUCCGCAAACACCAGUUCACACCCUUGACAAAGAUUCAGCGCUGGACCGGCCACCCGGAUGAGGCUCUAUUCGACACGAUAUUCGCAUACCAGAAACUCUCAAAUGGAGACAGCCAGAAGAGCUACUGGAAGCUUGUCGAUGAAGACGCAACCGUCGAUGCCGCUGUGUCCAUUGAACUGGAGCCCUCUGAUGGGGACCAGCUCGAGUUGAGAAUCACUUACAGGUCAGAUCGCCUUCCUGAAGAGCAGGCGAAGGUGAUGCUCGACCAGCUGGACCAGGUUCUGCUGGGCCUCAUCUUCCACCCAGAUGGCCACGUGGAUGACGCCUUCAAGCAUUCGCAAGAACUGCUCUCCAUCACACCUCCCAAGGAGCGCGAGAUCAAGACGGACGUGGCUCUGCUCCAUGAGUUCGUUGAAAGAAGUGCUCGCCAGCACCCCGAUAAGAUUGCCUUCGAGUUUGCCACAGAGAUCGAGGAUAAGAAGGUGACCAGCCGAUGCUGGACGUACAAGGAGUUGGACGAGGAAGGCAACAAGAUUGCCAACCUCCUCAAGAGUAACGGCGUUGAGCCGGGCGGUCUUGUGGCAAUCUGUUUCGACAAGUGUCCUGAAGCCUCGUUCGGUAUUCUGGGUAUUUUGAAAGCAGGGUGUGCCUACGUUGCCCUAGAUCCCGGUGCACCCGUCGCACGCAAGGCUUUCAUCACUCAAGAUUCCAAGGCUGCCAUGGUUGUAUCGAUGAAGAGCCAGACUGAACCUUUACAAGGCCAGGUCAACGUGCCGAUCAUCAAUCUCGACGACGUCGAAUACUCGAAGUUGUCGGCCGAGAAGCCUAGAUUGUCAAGGGCAGUCACUCCUCAAGACCUCAGCUACUGCCUCUACACCUCUGGCACGACGGGAACACCCAAGGGGUGUGAGCUUACACACGAGAACGCGGUGCAGGCUAUGCUUGCUUUCUCCAGGCUCUUCUACCCACGCUGGGACGCAGACUCAAAGUGGCUCCAGUUCGCUUCAUUCCAUUUCGACGUCUCGGUCCUUGAGCAAUACUGGACGUGGUCCGAGGGCAUCAGGCUUGUGUCUGCGCCAAGAGAUCUGAUCUUCGAGGAUCUCGCUGGCUCCAUCACAGCCCUCGGGAUUACGCACAUUGAUCUGACGCCCAGUUUGGCCAAGCAGCUGACACCGGACCAAGUGCCGACUCUCCUAAAGGGUGUCUUCAUCACUGGCGGUGAGGCUCUGAAGCAGGAGAUCCUUGACGACUUUGGCAAGCACGAGGUCAUUCAUAACGGCUACGGCCCUACAGAAGCAACCAUCGGCGUAACCAUGUUCCCACGCGUCCCAGACAACGGCAAGCCUUCCAACAUUGGGCCGCAAUUCGACAAUGUCGGCUCCUUCGUGUUCAGGCCUAAUACAAGCAUCCCGGUCAUGCGUGGUGCCGUCGGCGAGCUUUGUGUUUCCGGAAAACUGGUCGGCAAGGGAUACCUCAAUCGCCCUGAUCUCACCAACGACAAGUUCCCUUACCUUGAGGAGUUUGAUGAGAAGGUCUAUCGUACAGGCGACUUGGUGCGAAUUCUACACGAUGGUUCUUUCGACUUCCUGGGCCGUGCGGACGAUCAAGUGAAGCUCCGUGGCCAGCGCUUGGAGAUAGGCGAGAUCAACAGCGUCAUCAACCAAUCCGAAGCCGAGGUUCUGGAUGUUGCCACCCUUGUGCUCAGGCAUCCCAAGCAGCAAAAGGACCAGCUUGUCAGCUUCGUCGUUACCAAGUCGACCUUGGUCAGGAAGGAAAAGCCUGCCGUCAGUCAAGUUGGAAAGGAGGCCAUGCAGGUGACUGCGGAAGCGUGCCGCUCGAAGCUCUCGGCGUACAUGGUUCCUACUCACUUCAUCCCGCUCACGUCGAUGCCACUCUCGGCCAACAACAAGGCCGAUGGCAAGCAACUCAAGCAGCUCUACUCAGAACUCAGCCCCGAGCAACUUCAAGCCAUCUCAACAUCCUCCGGGGAGGGUGGUGCUCUAUCUACUGCCGAUGAGAAGAAGGUUGCUGAGGUGCUUGCGUCAAUGGCGUCGGUAGAUGACAGCGACAUUUCGAGGAACUCCAGCAUCUUUGAGCUUGGCCUUGACUCGAUUUCCGUCAUUGGCUUUGCUGGUGCGCUGAGGAAGGCUGGUUUCCGCAACGCCCAGGCUUCGGUCAUCAUGAAGAACCCUGUCGUCAGUCGCCUUGCGAAGGCUCUCGCUUCAAAGGAUUCUGGAGCGGACCGAGCUUCCAUCCAAGCAGCGAAACGGGAUAUUUCUGCAUGCCAACAUCAAUACAAGGCCAUCGCAGCGCGUGCACUCGGCGUGAGGCAGGAUGCUAUCGAAGGCAUUGCUCCUUGUUCCCCGCUCCAGCAGGGUAUCAUCUCGCGGUCCCUAGAGAGCGACAAGCCCGUCUACUUUGCGACUUUCAAGUUUGAGCUUUCUUCAGAUGUCGAUCUAUCCAAGCUGCGUGCAGCUUGGGAAAGAGCGUACGAGUCUAUCCAGAUUCUGCGUGCACGAUUCAUCCCUACGGAUAACGGCUACAUCCAGGUCAUUCUCCGAGGUCAGCAACUACCCUGGGUCGAGACCCCGGUAACGAAUCCCGACGAGAUCGACGACUACCUCGGCAUGAGGAAGCUUAAGUGGUGGUCGCAGAACAGAGACAAGCUCAUGAGACCCUUCGAGCUUGUCACCACUGUCUCUGCCAGCAAGAAGAUUCUAUCGAUCCACAUCAUGCACGUAGUGUAUGAUGGUGCCAGCCUUCCGAUGCUUCUCCAGAAGGUCGAGGCCGAAUACAAGGGAGAACACCAAGUCGACUUCGGCCCUGCCUUUUUGGAGGUGCUGCCCUACGGACCGCUGAGGUCUAUGCCUGAAGCUCCAUCAUUCUGGGCUGGCCAUCUGUCCACUGCUCGGAGUUGUAUCAUGCCUAGCCUUACUGCCCACCCACAAGACAAGGACGUCACGAUCAACGCCACCCUCACGGAUCUGGAGUCGUUCGAAAGCACCAGAAGGAAGCUCGAUGUUACGCACCAGGCAUUGGUGCAAGCGUCUUGGACAUCUGUUCUGCAGAAGCACUUUGACGGUGCUGUUACUCUUGGCAUGGUCGUUUCUGGCCGGUCAAUUGACUUUGAAGGGGCUGAUGGCACCAUCGGACCCAUGUUCAACACCAUUCCCUUCCAUCUCGACUUUGCCAAGGACGACAAAUGGAGCCAGGUCGUGCGCAGGUGCCAUGCUUUCAAUAUCUCGGCCCUCCCGUAUCAGCAUACUCCACUUCGCGACAUCAUGAAGUGGACUAAGCGGGCCCCUAGCGAGCCAUUGUUUGAUACUCUCUUCGUCUUUCAAAAGGAGCUUGAGGAUGGUGAUCCUGACAAAUCCUUGUGGUCAUUGCUGGAGGACCAACCCGAAGCCGAUUAUCCACUUGCGCUUGAAGUGGAGCAAAAGCAAAAUGGAUCUCUGGGCUUGACCAUCGUAGCUCAAGGCCAAGUCGCCGAUCAUGGGACUUUGGCCAUCCUGUUGGAAGAGUUCCAGACUGCGCUCCAAAAUCUGCUUGAGAACCCCGAGGCGCUCGUCUCGGACACGGUCGGCGAGAUCCACUCAUCCGGUCCAGCUCACGUCAACGGCGUCAACGGACACGCAAACGGCCAUCUGAAUGGCGUCGAAGGCUUUGUAUGGACGCCUGUGGCCCGCCGUCUGCAGGAAGAGAUCGCGACUCUCGCAGGAACCGAGCCUUCCGAGGUCGAUGAGCACACCACCAUCUUCGAGUUCGGCUUGGACAGUAUAGAUGCCAUCAAGCUCUCCUCAAGGCUCAAGAAGAGCGGAAUCAAUCUGCCCGUCAGCCAGAUCAUGCGCAGUUUGACGAUUCCGAGAAUGGCCAAGGAGGUCACUGAGAAGACUGCCGAUAGCCAGGUUGCUACUCCAGGUGCCACUCUCGACUCCCAGCAGACCACGCUCACGGAGCAUUUCCGCAGCACUGGAAGUAAAGGUGGCGAAAACGUGGAGCGGAUCCUGCCGGCUACUCCUCUGCAGGAAGCCAUGGUUGCAGAAAUGUUCUCGUCAGAGUUCCACCAUUACUUCAACCACGACGUCUUGAAACUUGCGCCUGGGGUCGAUGUUGAGAAAACAAAGCAGGCGUGGGCGAGCAUAUACCGUAGCUCAGCCAUCCUUCGCACGACGUUCGAAGAGGUGGAUGAUCCCGACCUUGAUCUGUCUUUCGCACAGGUCGUCCACAAGGCUCAGGAUCUCACCAUCGGGGAGAUUGAGGCUGCCUCUCAGGAAGACAUCGACGCCAUAUUGGACACGAUCAGGGCGCGAACUGCCGAAAAGGGCACCAAGGCAGAGCUGUUCCAGGUCAACGUCAUCCGAUGCAAGUCGGACGUGUACAUUGCUCUGUCCAUCGCGCACGCGCUGUAUGAUGGAUGGUCCCUGGGCCUUCUUCACCGCGAUGUACAAGCUGCAUAUGCCGGCGAUGUCAAUGCCCGGCCUGCAUACGAUCAUGUCCUCGAAGACAUCCUGAAUGCUUCUGGAGAGAAGGCCGCAAGCUUCUGGCGCGACUUCCUCGGCGGAGCGCCGAGCGGACUUCUGUCAGAAGGCCGCGUGCAGGAUCUCAGCACCGGAUUGCAGGUUCACCGCAAGGAGCAUACGGGAUCUGUUCCUGUUGACACUCUCCGCUCCUUCUGCAAGAAUGCGGGCAUCACUCUCCAAGCCCUCGGCCAGACGUGCUGGUCGCUUGUUCUGUCCUCCUACCUCGGCAGACUGGAUCUCGUUUUCGGCGUGGUCCUGUCUGGAAGAGACAGCCAGGAAGCGGAGGAUGUCAUGUUCCCAACGAUGAACACGGUGGCCGUCAGGUCCAUCAUACACGGCACGAGGAAAGAGAUGCUGAGGUACAUGCAAGAAAACAUCAGCACCAUGAGGCAGUUUCAGCACUACCCGCUCCGCAAGGCCAAAGCUGCGGCAGAGACGGGCGGCAAGUCCCUCUUCGACACGCUGUUCAUUUUCCAAACUCGACCUGGCGACGACAACCAAACCACCUCUGAUGCGCUCUAUGAGUCGAUUGGAGGCGCCGCCGAUGUCGAGUACCCCGUGGCUGUCGAGAUGGAAGCCGUGGGGGAUGAGCUUGUCUGGCGCACGGCCUGCAAGUCGAACGUGUUCGAUGAGGCUGGUUCCGAAGAGCUUCUGAACCGCGUCGAUAUGGUCAUGAAGAGUAUCAUCGCCUCGCCGGAUGCUGGCGCCGUUUCAUACAGUGACAGUGGCGCUUCGGUUUGCGGUCUACCUUCGUUCAGAGACAUUUCCGCCGAAAGCAGCGACGUCGAAGACGACAAAAUUGCCGUCAAUGGCAUCACUACUUCGACUGAGUGGACAGAGACCGAGAAGACGAUCCGCGAAGUUCUUUCCGCAGUUUCAAAGGUUCCGGAGCUGGAAAUCACAAAGGAGCUGACCAUAUUCCACUUGGGCCUCGACUCGAUCAGCGCCAUCAAGGUAUCCUCGCUGCUGAAGAAGAGGUCAAUCAAGCUCAGCGUCAGCGAAAUGCUCCGCGCGGCUACUGUCGAGAAGAUGGCGCGCAUCGUUGAGGGUCGGCAGCCGGCCACUACCACGACGCCCGAGACCGACCCGGCCAAGGUCCUGCAGGAUGUCUUGCUGCCGCUCAAUGUGGAAGCUAUCUUGAAUGAUGCCAAGAUCUCUUCUAGCAAUGUCGAACAGGUCAUGCCAGCCACAUCGGGUCAAGUCUUCAUGUUAUCCGUCUGGCAAAAGACGGAGGGAUCAAUCCUUUUCCCCGGUUUCAAGUACCACAUCAAGGACACGGUUGACGAGGAACGUCUUCGCGAGGCCUGGACUGCCCUUGUUUCUACCAACACUAUCCUCCGAACAAUGAUGGUCGCCACUGGAGACGAGGGGACGCCAUUCCUCCAGGUCGUCUUAAGAAAGGCAGAGCAAGGGUUCCAAGCUAUCAACACCUACACCCCAACGCCACCAAGUCCGAAGAGGCUCCAGAAGAAGAGAAGCACUUCUAGAACCAGACAGUUGAUCCGCAAGGUAUCUCAAAGGUUCAAGAAUGUGCUGAGCCGGUACGCAGAGGACGAGCGCGAGCCGCCGCUGCAAAGUCGGGAGCCGAUGCCGUCGAACAACACGAGGCAGCCCUUCGCCAGACUCGUCGCUCAGAAGCAGCAUGAUGGCUGGCUUCUCACCGUCAAGCUCCACCACGCUCUCUACGACGGCGUCAGUCUCCCGAUCCUGAUGCGGCAAUUCGAACGCCUGUGCAACCGGAGCUCGUCGAAGCCGAUGACACCUCCGAUGACACCUCCGACGACGACGACAACGACGACGGCAUUCCCCGCCCUCAUCGCCGCAUCCGCAUCCCCGGCCGCCGCAUCCAAGCGUCAGGACUUCUGGUCAAACUACCUCAAGGACGCCGUCGCGUCUCCAACCACGGGGCUCCAACAGCCCCGCUCCGCUCGCCCCGGCCGCGCCAGCGUCUUCAAGCCCGACAUCUGCGGCGGCUCGUCUUCGUCUCCGUCGUCCGCCUCCUCCUCCUCCUUGGCCGCGCUCGAAAGCGCCGCGAUGAAGCAGGGCAUCAACAUGCAGUCCCUCUUCCUGGCCGCGUACGCGCGCAUCUACGCGCGCCUGGUCGCCGCCGGGAAAGACGGAGACGUCGUGUUCGGCAUCUGGCUCGCCAACCGCUCCCACGCCAUCGACGGCCUCGCCGACGCCCCCGCGCCGACGGUCAACCUCGUGCCGCUGCGCGUGCGCGCGCCCCUCGGCGGCGACAAGAGCAGCGUCUUCGCGUCGGCCAGGGCGAUCCAAGAGGACCUCCGGACCAUCGGGGACGCCGUCGAGGUCGCUGCCGGCACCGGGCUGUGGGAGGUCGAGCGCUGGACGGGCGUGAGGGUGGAUUCGUUUGUGAAUUUCUUGAAGUUGCCCGAGAGCGAAGAAGGAGACGGGGCUGGGACUGGGGCUGGCGUGAGGGUGCGGGAGGUGGAGGAUGCGGGGAUGAAGGAGGGGUGGAGCAGGGUGGAGAAUAGUAGCGAUGAACCUGGGCGCUUUGAGGUGCCCGCGGAGCUGAAGAAUGGUGACGCGGUUGGCGGUGCUUAUAUGCAUUCGCUCGAUGUGGAAGCCACCAUCAGGGGAGGCAGAUUGGAUAUGGGUGUCUUCUGCAAUGUUGAGAUGCUGGAUCUUGCCAAGGCAGAGCAGUUGGUCAAAGACAUGGCUGAAGAGUUCAAGAACAUGAUGGAGUGA